AUGAAUAAACCCACCUCUCGCUCCACCCGCCGCCAACCCCGCUCUCAUCGUCCACCUCCUCCCUCCAACGGAGUGCCACGGUUUUGGAUGUCAUACCCACCCUCUCAAUUCGAGAACCCAUUCCCCAGCAACAUACGUAUCCCCGAUGCAUCCGAACUUCCAAUUCCGAGAUGGUUCCGUGAUCAUCCUCCACCACCACCAGCAGCACCCGAAGUUCGGUCUACAACCCCACCGAUUCAACAACAAGCCUCUUCUUCGGGGGGUGUUGCGCUACCGGCAUGUUCUUCCCCACCAGGAUCUUCUUCUCCACCACCACGGUCAUCAUCUCCACCACCACCGCGGUCAUCAUCUCCACCACCACGGUCAUCCCCACCACCACGAUCAUCAUCCCCACCACCACCACCACCACCACCACCACCUCCACCCCCACCACCAUCUCCUCCUCAACAACAAACCCAACAACCCCAACAACCCCAACAGUCACCCACCGCUCCAUUCGAACUCAUACCAGGUCUAGGCUGUGACCUCUGCUACGCAGGAAUGCUCACAAUGACGAGAACUUGGAGAGCUCCGGGCAGUAUUUCUCCUCUUCCUCCUACUCUUCCUCCGAUUCCUUCUGCGAAUUUGGAGGAGUUUGGGGAGAUUUGGGCUUGGAUGCAGGGGUUGGAGUGA